CGCAGCUUGGACUCUCCCCAAUGCCCCGAUCCUGCGCAUUGAGUUUUCCAGUGUUCCGUGGUUGGAUUGAGGGGGGGGGGAGGAGGAAAAGUGCGGGGGGGAAAGUUUCCAUUUCUUCAUGGUGACCCAUCUCAUUGGUUGUUAUUCAAUAUUUAUGUAUAUGUCAUGUGUGUAGUUUAUAGUAGUCUGAACUAUGCGCUUCUUGUUUUUCCUCUCUCUCUUUUCAAGGUGGGAUUUCAUGCUUUCGGAACUUGGAAUUUUGGGCGAAACACACAAAGACUCGAAGCAAACACGGGGACGAACAGGGGAGAAAACCGGAUUUUCAUGAAGAGGUCGGAGAGGGGGAAGUUUAAAUGCGACGACGAGCUCGGGGGGGAAAAAAAGGCUGGCUGGCGGGUGUGCCAGUGGUGGUGGCAUCUCCCGUCAAACCACAUGAUUAAUUACAAACAACUCACCCAAAUAAGUUACCCCCUCGGGUCACUCGGCCCGACGCAUAAAAGCAUAAAUCACCCAGGACAAACAAGGCAGGCAGGCAACCUUUCCAUGGCGCUGAAAUUGGCCGGUGAUAUGAAUUUGCUAGGAUCAUAUAGUUGGAGAGAGAACGAGCUCGACAAAUGAUAGGAGAGAGAGAGAUACAAAUAGGAGAUGGUAUGGAAGAUGGUGAGUCCCUUGAAGAGAGGAUGUGAACAAGUAGAGAGAUAUGAAAGUAGGGAGAAAGAAGAAAGAAAGAAAAAAAGAGUAAUGAAAGAAGUGAUAAAGAAAUGACAAUCGAAGUGAUAAGAAAAGGAACGUGACAAAAUGAUGAUCAGGAAACAUUCAAAACGAAGAGCGAGCACAGAAAGACAACAAAAGAUAUCAACCAAA